AUGGAAAAGGAAAAGUGGGGAGAAGCACCCAACGGAGACGAUGGACAGGGCGUCAACAGCAGGUGGAGCUUUCCAGCACUGGGACAAAAGUGCAAACAAGACGACGACAAGCAACCGCAAAGUAGGAAAUCGAAAGGAGAACGGAAAGUACUGAAGAGGUUUUUACCAGGCGGAUCAUCGAGAGAAGAUGAUCGGGACAUGGGAAGCAAGGUACCAAAGCAGGGUCAGACUGAAAGCAAUGUCCCAAUGGAAUGCAGUCCAGCCGCAGCGGAAGUGGAGCAAAAUCCAGAGUUCACAAUCUCUGACCUCCUGGCAGAGGGGGGCGAAUAUCGAUUGUACCAACUGACAAAGUUCUAUCGAGACCGACUCAAACAAGCAAUUGAAGAAAAGGUUGAAAGACUCGGUUGGAUGUUGACAAAGGAGGGACAUUUCAGUAGAGAAGAGAAUGAGAAAGUCACUGAACUGACAGAGAAGGGAAACCGGACAGAGAGUUCCAUACUCUUCCUCAGUUUGGUGAUGGGCAAAGGAUCCCGGGUCCGGAGGGCGAUGUGGGAAUGCUUUGUGACAUGGAGGACUGAGUUACCGAAGCUGGACAGAAUACUGAGGGAAAUACAGGAACUCGGUCCUGAUCCACAGGAAUACAUGAACAUCGCCCAGGGGUUAUCUGAGUUACCCACUCAACUGAUAGAUGUUCAACAGAAACACAAGGAGACUCUGCGGGAACAAACUGAAACACUGAGAGUGAACACGAUCCUGAUGAGGGAGAAGGUGAAGGUUUUCCAGCUGGUUGAUCGAUACGCUGAGCUCACGGUCAUUUCUACUGUUCGAGAUCGGACACUGGUGGAACAUGAGCUGCUGGCAAGAGGCAGAGACCACGAGGAGUGGACAGAGAAACAUCUCCGCCAAGAUUUGGACAAUGUCGGUCUCACAUAUUCUGCUGCCGAGGAUCUCGCCUCCGCUCUCAGUACAAACCGAUCACUGACGGAGCUGGACCUAAGUCAUAAUAAACUGGGAGAUUCAGGAGUGAAACUGGUGUCUGCGGCUCUGAGGAACUCGGAGUGUAAAAUACAGAAACUGUGGCUGCGGGAUGUCGGUCUCACAGAUUCUGGUGCUGAGGAUCUCGUCUCCGCUCUCAGAAUAAACCCGUCACUAACGUGGAUCAACCUGGGAACAAACUCGCUUACGGACCGAUCUGUCCCCGCUCUCCGCCGUCUCAUACUGACCCUCCCGAGUCCGGAGCUGAUCCGGCUCGACGGGAAUCAGUUCAGUGAGAACGGGAGGAAGGAACUGGGAUCUCUGCAGGUACCGAGACCCGGACUGAGAGUGAUAUGUGAACAGCUGAAUGAGUGAACAUCCCCGGCCACUGGAUGGCGACAUUUUGGCCAAUUCCACGCCCUCCCCUUUAACUCCCAUCCUCCCCUUUAACUCCACGCUCACCUUGAAUGGACGCGCGCCGGGAGUAAUUCUUUCAACAGAACCGGCUCCAGACUAUCGCUCAGUGACAUCGGAAGCCGUCCCCCGGUGACGUAUUUCCGCCUGUUGUAUUGCGGCGCAGCUUCCUCUGGAUGUGCGGGUUCGAGGGUCAGUCUGGGACACCGGUGUCCCAGGGUGGGAUUAUCCAGGGUGAGAAUCCUUUUACUCCCUUUGCUGAGAGUGCAUUCUGAAGUCUGACCGAUAUAAUGAUGUUAAAUAGUCAAAUACCUCGGUAUUGACCCUGGUCUGCAGCGAUCUCGGACACAGACGUGAAAUGUCAUCCCACGCCGGGAGACUCAUAGCGUCCGGUUCCCAGUGUCCAGAUAACACGCAGGAAGUUAUACAGGGCACGGUUCCCGGUCUCCAUAUCCCAAACUGGGAAUUUUGCCAGACACGGUUCCCGAUCUCUGUCUCCACACCGAGAGUUUUACCGCGCACGGUGUCGGGUCUCUGUAUCGACAUCGGGAAUAAUACCGCACACGUUUCCUGGUGUCUGUAUCUUCCUCUCUCCACGACACUCGGAGUGAUGACGCACAGGAUCCGGAGAUGAGGAUGUCGGAUCGGCCUCUAUUGUUUGCGAUAUAUUUAUUAUUUGUGAUAAACAUUCUGCGCAAUUGAGUGGAGGGUGGUCGAGAGUGUCUGU